AUGGAUGAAAAGCACGAGGAAACGUCGUCAGAAGAGAUUAUAUCUGAUCAGAGGACACUACAGCAAAAGUUUAAUCGUCUUGAGAAGGAAAACCAAUCUCUGACUUCCUACAAUUCUGAUUUACGAGAUCAAGUGAAGCUGAUGAACGCCAAACUGAACUUGGCCAAAAAUUACCUCUUCUCGUCUGCAGCCGUUCAAACGGACAUUCACAUUCCCAAGAAUGAGGUCAACAAUCAGGUGUUCUCCAAGUGCACUAUGUUAGAUGCAAUCACAAGUUCUGACAAAAAGUCAGACCUGGACAGCUUCCUGAAUGACAUCAAAACCGCCAACGCCGACUACGAAUACGAUGCCGUUAGCAAAACUUACUACAGUCGCAGCACUGGCUGGUAUUACUAUCAGGAAAGUUCAGCAUUUUACAAUCCGGCAAAUCAAAGUUAUUACCGCUACGAUUUGACCACUAAAGAAUAUCAGUUUCUCUACAAAAUCGGUGAUAAACAAAAGGCCGACAAAAGUGAAAGCACUAAGAAGACAAGUCAAACGGCGGCAGACGUUGAUGUGGAGAUGAUUAGUUCUAGUUCUGAAGAGGAGGGUGAGAUAAUCGAAGUUUCAGACGGUUCACUUUCUCCUGAACAUAAAACCCGCAAUCACAUUAUUGAAUCUAAGGCAGUGCUUCGCAAGACUGCGCUGGAGGAGCGACCACCUGCUAGGCGACUGAAUCGAUCUUCAUUCAACAAAAUUGCCCCCGUCCGCCUAAUCGUCCAGUCUGCCGACCAGCUCGACAUUGGCAGCCUCCUUCUGGUCAGCUGCAUGGGAGGGAAGAUAGGACAGCACCCGAACUGUGCCGUCACCAUUCCCGACUCGACCAUAUCGCAGCUACAUGCGGAAAUCACGUACGACCACCAGCUGCAGCAGUACGUCAUUACAGACCUGUGUUCGCGAAACGGCACCUUUGUCAAUGACAGCAAACUGAAGCCACUCUGUCGGAAUGCCCUCUUCCACGGCGACAUUCUCCGCUUCAGCGACACUGUCCAGAUGCUGGCACACAUUCACCAACACCGAGACACCACCUGUGCGGACUGUGAGGCCUCGUUGGUGGACACCAAGAAGACGACAGGCAUCUACCAAACGGAAGGGGGCACCUCUUCAGUUCGCCAGCUUCAGAAGAGCCUCAAACGGCAUUAUGGUCUUGCCGGUGAGGAGUACCGAGAGAACAUUGGACCCGAGUUGCCGCCUGGCUACCGAGAUAGAGCCGCUCAGCGUCAACGAGAGAUGGGCAGUGAUAAUCCGUACGAGAAGACAGCUGCUGGCUCGGCGCUGGAUGUACCGAUCAAAUCGACAAACAAGGGCUUCAAAAUGAUGGAAAAGAUGGGCUGGAAAUCGGGUCAAGGCUUGGGAGCCACAUCAGAGGCCAGCACGGAGCCGAUUGACAUUGAAGUGCGAGACAGUCGACAAGGACUGGGCUUCAAAAGGUGA